CCACCCAGGGGCCAGUCUGGGCAGGCCAGUUCGCAGUCCCAGGCACGCCUCUCUGCCUCCACUCCGCUUUGCUGCUGCGCCUCUUUUGCAAACCGAGACAGAAACAAGCGAAGUGUUGGGAAGAAAGAAGCGCAAGCGCGCGCGAGAGAGAUAGAAGCCAGCCAAGGAGAAGCGGGUAGAGGGGGUGGGAUAUUGUAUUUCCCGGCGAUUCCUCCUCCUCCUGCUGCUGCUGCUUUUAUCAGGGAAAGGAACUGAGCAUGGAAAAACAAAGAGACCCGGCAUCGUGAGAUUCUCCCCGCAAAAAGCAGAAACUGUAAGUUUUGGGUAGGUGCGUUUGCAGGUUGCGGAAUAGCGCGCGGAAAACGUCUCUGACACACUCCAGCAGCGAGGAGUUCCAGAGAUCAGGCACUCCGUGGAAACUUCCACCCUCCUCACACAGAAGUGUUCCCUUUGAUCUUAUCUGGGUCUUUUCCUUCUCUUUUCCCCCCAGGUUUGUGAUAACUGAAUCCCCCUGGGAUGUCGAUCUCUCCCUCUUGCGCUAUUUUUAGGUUCCUGUUUUGUCAACCGCCGGUUUUAAAUAGGUUGUGACCUGCUAGGGAGAUGGGACCCAACACCUAGAUCAGUUUGCAGCCUCGAAGACUUAAAAAACACACAAUUAAAGGGCCAUUUAAAACAAUUCUUUUAAAAAAGAAGGUCAGGCAAUCAGCCCUUCGUGGUUCAAAGUGGUAUAUGAACAGGUUUAGAAAAAGCCUUUUGAGUAAUUGCAACAUAGCUCACAUUUUGCACGAUAACGUGAUUUAUUUCAUGAUGAUUCAUGGUUUCUUUAUGUACAAGUGUGGGUUUGGUGUUUUUUUUUAAAAAAAGGUUGCUGGCUCCUUCCUUUUGAGUAAGCAUGAAUAAACUCUGGCAUUAGGUUCUUGCAAGGGGGGUUGUUACACCAUUGUAUUCCCCACUCACUACAACCUGCGAGGCUUCCCAGUAGCCUUCAUACCUGACCAAGAUUUGAACCCAGUGCUUCUGAGUCCAGUGUUGUGUUGGUUGUUAAGUGUGGGUGGGCUAGGAAGCAGAAGUGUGGGUGGACAUUAGUUGGAAGGAUCCGGCCAUUAAUAAAUCUGAGCAAAAAGUUAUUCAACUGUUAGUUAUUUGAUGAGUCAAAUCAAAUCCUUUACUAAUCUCUGUGGAGCAACUGUGAGGACACAGGCAGACCGUGGAAAAACACAUUUAGGAAGAAUAUAUUGUGAUUUCUAUUAUGCUACCUCCCUGUUCAGCUGAGUGUGUUUGUGUUUGCGAGGAGCUGUUGUUUAUCCUUUUUACUGUGUUGGGAUUUUUUGUCUAGGCUGAGAGUUUAAAAUAUAUUACUUGACCUGCCCAAGUGGCAUGGACACCCAUAGUUUGCAGGGGGUCAGGGAAUUACUGGAUGAACCCCAAUUCCCCAGAUCCCCAACUUUCAUGAAGCAAAAAACUUCCUAGUAUUUGUGAGCUUGAGAUUUGAAGCAAUAUAUACUGACACUGUUAUGAUCAUUUGUAUGUGUGCAAAACUAGCUUAUUCCUCACUUUCAGAAUUUGGUUUCCCCACCCUCCCAAAAUUCCUGGGAAUACCCAUGGCUCUAAGGAUGGAGAUUCAGACACGGAAAUAAUAUUGCAGCAGCAUAGCUGUCAACUUACAGAUUUGAAAAUAAGGGACCAGCAGCCUCGAAAAUAAGGGAUCAGCAGCCAAAAUAAGGGAUCAACAAUUACUUUGAUAAAAUACAUAUUUUGUUGCGUGCAAAUGGCUUUAGAUACCUAUUAGGUCCAUAAAUUACCAUAUAGCAUAUAUUCAACACAAAAAAAGCAACAAUUUGUUGUUGACAAAGGACAGCUGGACAUAGAAAGGGCCCCAUUACCUUCAGUAGCUUAUUUAAGAGACAUCAUCAAUAAGGGACAGCAGUGGGACAUGGCACUGGAAUAAGGGACUGUCCCGCCAAAUAAGGGACGCUUGACAGCUAUGUGCAGCAGUCCAUCAAACACACAACACACAGCCCCUCUAGGCUUUGCCAACUCAGUGCCCUCCAGAAGUUUGGGACUACAACUCCCAUCAGCCUCGGCCAGCACAAAACAUCUGAAGGGCACCAGGUUGGUUAAGGCUUUGAGGGUCUUUUGUUUUUGUUUUACAGUUGAGGGAUGUAUAAAUUUUAUCAAUCAAACAAAUAAAUGAACUCCAGGAUGAUGCGUUCUCCCACAGGUUUGUCACAAACUGCACAUAGACGUCUCCGCAAAUUAGUAGUUUCUGCAUCCUGCAUCAGACAGAAGGAAUUCGAGCUAAGCUCUUAUUUACUUAGUGUAAUGCAAGGUGUUCAAUUGGAGCAAGCCUCCUUUAAUUCCCUUGUAGCAUGCGCUGGAAGCACCACUUGAACUAUUAAGCGCACGUUUCCCUGCUUCCCAGAAAGCCACGAGAAAUGCAGGCUGCUAUGGAUGCCAGACAGCAGCAUCUAGCUUCUAAAAUUUCCGGGUAGGGUAGGGUGAGGCCCCCUUGCCCAUGAAACCCUGGAUAACCUCUGCCAGUCUGGGUAGACAAUACUGAGCUAGGUGGAGCAGCAGCCUGGCUCCUUUUCAAUGCAGCUUCCCGUGUAUUUAAAGCACAAUUGUGUUUUGGAAUGUCAAAAACAAUUGGCUCUCUGCUUGCAAAAUGAUCCGAUCCAGUUUCGAGCGAGUCUUAACGCCCAGUGGGCAAUCAGAAUAGGCACAGGUGGCAUGUUAGUGACAGGACUGGGAACAAACCUCAUCCUCAUUGUUAUACGCACAGAAAAUAGUUAUGUUGCUUGCUUUAAUAGAAGGAUGAAAGGAAGGAUCAGAUGACUCCAUAGAACACAUCAACACAAAAACACCCCUUGCUUUGGAAACCUGGGCUUGACCCCCCUAACCUUGUCUUUUCAUUUGUUUUAUCAUUGAAGCGAAACCCGGUUUUGUUCUUGUGAGACGUGAAUUUGCUUGGAGUUGUCACGGUGCCGUCAAUCUCUUAAUUUGUUUGCGGCGCGGGCGAGGGGAGUGUUUGCAUAGAAACGAGGAUACCCGCAGGAACUGAAAUCACUUCUUGCCUAGGACCCACAUACCUACAGGACCGCCUCUGCUGGUAUGCCCUGCAGAGGACCUUAAGGUCCACAAAUGACAACACUUUGGAGGUCCCAAGUCGCAAGGUGGUUAGAUUGGUCUCAACUAGGGCCAGGGCCUUUUCGGUACUGGCCCCGACUUGGUGAAAUGCUCUGUCACAAGAGACCAGGGCCCUGUGGGACUUGACAUCUUUCCGCAGGGCCUGCAAGACAGAGCUGUUCCGCCUGGCCUUUGGUUUGGACUCAGUCUGACCCUUAUGUUUCCCUCCCCUUAUGGUUUUGAUCUAUGGCCUACUUUUAAAAUGAGGCUGCAUUUUAAAUUGCAUUUUAACCUGUAUUUUAAAUCCCCCCCAUUAUGUUUUUACUGUAAUUUUACUGGUGUUAGCUGCCCUGAGCCUGGCUCUGGCCGGGGAGGGCAGGGUAUAAAUAAAUUAUUAUUAUUAUUAAUAAUAAAUAUUAAUAUUAUUAUUAACUCCAAAGUGAUAAGGAGCUGGCGGCAGAGUGGUGAAUGUUUCAGGAGGAAAACAUACUCAGGGAAACAGAGGGCCUCCUUGGUGGCCAAACUUUAGUGUGCCCGGAUUUGCAAAAUAUAGUCCCCAGCUGGGGCGUUGCUUUGGCAAGUGAACCCCAUGCUCUUUCACUAUUCGAAAAUGUGCUGGCUGUUGCUCAGAUACGACCGGAGCUGGCACCAACGCCUGGCAUUUGGGGGCAGCUGUUGGGGCCUCCAGUGCCCCCCCCGCAGGGCACACGGCCAUGCCUGUCCUAAUCCCACCCACUCCCCUUUAAAUUCUUUCCUGGCCCUGCAGUCAGUGCCGGAUUAACCCCUCUGGAGGCUCCUAUGCAGUUGAAAUCUCGGGGUGCCCCUUGCAAAUGAUCCGCUAAUAUAUAUUUUUUGUUUGAUCGUUCAAGAUCAAAUCAAUAUUACUUUGAUCUGUUGCCACAGGACCCCUAAAGGACAUGGGUCAGUGCCUACUCUACCUAUUUGGUAGGGUGGCGCUGUGGUCUAAACCACUGAGCCUCUUGGGCUUGCCGAUCGGAAGGUCGGCGGUUCGAAUCCCCGCAACGGAGUGAGCUCCUAUUGCUCUGUCCCAGCUCCUGCCAACCUAGCAGUUCGAAAGCACACCAGUGCAAGUAGAUAAAUAGGUACCGUUGUGGCGGGAAGGUAAAUGGUGUUUCCGUGCGCUCUGGUUUCCAUCACAGUGUCCCGUUGCGCCAGAAGCGGUUUAGUCCUGCUGGCCACAUGACCUGGAAAGCUGUCUGCGGACAAACACCGGCUCCUUAGGCCUGGAAGCGAGAUGAGCGCCACAACCCCAUAGUCGCCUUUGACUGGACUUAACCAUCCAGUGGUCCUUUACCUUACCUUUACCUGCCUAUUUCAGCACUGCCUGAAUCUGAUGGGAUUCAAGCCACAGGCCUGAUAUUUUGGACCACAGCUCACUCCCCCCUGCGUCGGUCCUGAAAUCCUUUCCCAGUCCAGUCCUGUAACCCAUGAGUCGUAAUAACAGUGUUGUGCAGAUGUUGCAAAGCAGGGGAGACCUUUGCACCCAAGACACUGCUCUCCUGGUCCCUUUGCUCUCUAAGCAGCUCUGGGCAGCCCCAGCCUGAAAGGGACUUUGCCCCUUUGGCAACCAGCAGCGUCGUAACCUGAAGCAAGACACAAUUCAGCUGCUUAUUGGAGCACAGCGUCCGAGAGGGCAGACUGAGUUUAGUGGGGCAAUCCCCCACUGGCCCUAAUGACCCCAAUCCACCAGGUAGCAGCAUGCCUUUCAGUGCGCGAUGCUUGCCAUGCUUCCCUACAGACCCUCUCGGGUGCCAAGGUCAGCCAAGGGGGCCCUCUUGGUAGUUCCCCCACCCUCAGAGGCCCAAAGUGAUGGUGGCUGUCCAGGAGAGAGACUUCUCUGUGGCCCCUAAACAGUGGAACUCCCUCUCCACAAAGGGGCCCUGGGUACCUUCAUUGUACAGCUUUCGGAGGAUGUUGAAGACACACCUGGCUUUUGACACUUGAGGUCUACAUUUUUAGGACUCACCUGAUUUUAUUGAUUGUAAGAUGUUUUAAGUUGUUUUUUAAUUUUGUACAGUGGUACCUCGGGUUCCAGACGCUUCAGGUUAUAGACUCCGCUAACCCAGAAAUAAUACCUCAGGUUAAGAACUUUGCUUCAGGAUGAGAACAGAAAUUGCAUGGUGGCGGUGCGGUGGCAGCAGGAGGCCCCAUUAGCUAAAGUGGUACCUCAGGUUAAGAACAGUUUCAGGUUAAGAACGGACCUCCAGAACGAAUUAAGUUCUUAACCUGAGGUACCACUGUACUUGUUUUACCAUAACCUGCCCUGGGACCUUAGGGUAAAGGGAUAGAUAGAUACAGUCGUACCUUGGUUGUCAAACGGAAUCUGUUCUGGACGUCCGGACGCCUUCCGAAAACAUUCAACAACCAAGGCGUGGCUUCUGAUUGGCUGCAGGAGCUUCCUGCAUGGAACUGGAAACCGCGGAAGCAGCGUCGGACGUUUGGCUUCCAAAGAACCUUUGCAAACAGGAACACUCACUUCCGGGUUUGCAGCAUUCAGGAACCAAAACAUUUGACUCCCAAGGCGUUUGGCUUCUGAGGCACAACUGUAAAUAGAUACAUAGAUACUUACAGGGCCAUCUUAAGCAUAUCCGCUGCCAUGGUUCGAAGAUCCCCCCUUUUCCCAGAGUUGUUGACCUUUCCCCAAGCCUCUGUGGGGAUCACCCUACUCCUGUGGGGGCUUGGGAGGCAAGCUGCAUGCCCACCAGCCAUAUGGUUGGCAGGGCACAGCUGGUGGGCGUGUAGGGAAAGGGGAGGCCGCUGGCAAAGCCGCACAGCUCCCCCACUCACUGGGGUGCCCCUGAGAGGCCAGCGCCCUGGCGCAACGCGCCAGUAGGCCCAAUAGGAAAGACGGCUCUGGAUACUUAGAUAGAUAAACAGGGCUUUCCCCCCCGCCGGAACUCAAUUCUAGUACCUCUCAGGUGGGCACCAUGGCUAUUAUAAAAGAAUAAGGGAGGCGUUCCGUUUCUCCCAAUACUCAUAUUUCGCAAGCGAUCCUCAAUAACAUAGUACAUUUCUGCAUGUUACAAUCACUCGUUUAAUGUUCAUUUCUCUUGUUUUUGGUUGGACAAUUGGACCUGGGACCUUCUGCAAAAUCCAGAGAAUUACAGAUUGAAGUGCUGGGAUAGACAUAGUUGGUAGACAUAGCUCAUAGCACUGAGGCUCUGAAUCUCAGGGUAGUGGGUUCGAGAACCACGUUAGGCAAAAGGUUCCUGCAUUUCAGGGCGUUGGACUAAAUGAUCCUCAAGGUCCCUUCCAAUUGUAUGGCUCAUGGUGCGAUCCGGCACCUCUUUUUUUAUAUAUAUAGAAAAAUAGCACACUGGAUAGAUAGAUGAUAGAUAGAUAGAUAGAUAGACGAUAGAUUGAUAGAUAGAUAGAUAGAUGAUAGAUAGAUAGAUAUAGAUAGAUGAUAGAUAGAUAGAUAGAUAGAUGAUAGAUAGAUGAUAGAUAGAUAGAUAUAGAUGGAUAGAUAGAUGAUAGAGAUAGAUAGAUGAUAGAUAGAUAGAUAGAUGAUAGAUGAUAGAUAGAUAGAUAGAUAGAUAGAUAGAUAGAUAGAUGAUAGAUAGAUAUAGAUAGAUAGAUAGAUGAUAGAGAUAGAUAGAUAGAUAGAUAGAUAGAUAGAUAGAUAGAUAGAUGAUAGAUAGAUAGAUAGAUAGAUAGAUGAUAGAUAGAUAGAUGAUAGAUAGAUAGAUAGAUAGAUAUAGAUAGAUAUAGAUAGAUGAUAGAUAGAUAGAUAGAUAGAUAGAUUAGAUGAUAGAUAGACAGACCGAGAUGCCUGUCCUAGUCUUCAGAUUGGAACAGGCUAGAAAUCAAAGGAAAUGCAACUCCACUUCCCAUUAUAUAACCCCACCACUAAUUCCACGCUAAGCUAAUUUCCGUUGAUGCCGUCUUCCUCCCUGUUUCCCCUUGAGGUUGUUCUGCCAGGAUGAGGAAGGUUUAAUAGUUCCUCUCUCAGCCUGGGCAGACUGUCGGAGAAGAGAGAGUGAGAGAUCGAGAAAGAGAAGACAUUCAUUGCUCCUCUUCCCUGGGCGAGGCGGGUGUUAGAAUUCCUGCUCUGUGAUUGCAGUCAUGGGAUUUUUGUCUAUCACAUGACGGUGUAUGUUUCGACUCCACAGAGUGGGAAGUGACGGAGACAGGGUGUUUGUGUUAUUGUGUUCCAUUAAGUUCUUUUUCUCUUUGCUGCCUGAUGCUAGAGAGAGAGGGAGCCAUGUUGCAGUGCUCCGUGUGUGUUUAUAAGUAAAUAAAGUAGAUUAGCCAAAAUGCUGAGUUUCUGAGGUCUGUUACGCAAGCUGCGAAGACUCUGUGGAUCCCUAAGUGUGCCGGUGUCGGUGGGCAUCGGUCGCUGUGAUGUUUGAGCAGAAGAAAGCUUUUGAAGCUCCCGAACGAAAGACCAGGAGGGAGAGAACAUGCCAGGGUCCUACUCGAGUGUAGGACAAGCUCCUGACAGCGGGUGAGUUGGGGGGUGGCUGCCCUUUCUCAACGGCACAGAAUUAAAAUCCUGCUUUCCAUUCAUAAAUGCAUAGGCUCCAGUUAAGUCACGGGGCCCAACUCAGAAUCAGAAAGGUGUCUUCGCUCUAGGCAAGGAGGUGGGAUUAUAGUUAUCAACUGAGACCCAGCAUGGAUUUCUCAAACGCAAGUCAUGCCCAACAAACCUCAUCUCUCUCUUUUUUUAGCAGAGUUACAAGUUUGGUGGAUCAGCACAGCUGUCAACUUUUCCCUUUUCUUCCGAGGAAUCCUAUUCGGAAUAAGGGAAUUUCCCUUAAAAAAAGGGGAAAGUUGACAGCUAUGUGGAUCAGGGGAAUGCUGUGGGUGUAGUGUAUCUACUGAGAUUCUAUGAUCAUGAAUGCUCAAAAAACAGGUUUUCUGGAGGAGACCUCAGAUGCGGGGGGGGGGGAGAGAGAGCGAGGCUUCACACAAUUUGCAGUGAAUGUGCAUUCAGUGGUACCUUGGUUCUCAAACUUAAUCCGUUCUGGAAGUCUGUUCCAAAACCAAAGUGUUCCAAAACCAAGGCACGCUUUCCCAUAGAAUGGAUUAAUCCGUUCCAGACUUUUAAAAACAACCCCUAAAGCAGCAAUUUAACAUGGAUUUUACUAUCUAGCGAGACCAUUGAUCCAUAAAACGAAAGCAGUCAUCAAUGUACUGCAGUCACACACACAAUCAACCAAUCAGUAGCUGAACUGGGUUCCACACAGUCACAAAAACAAAACAAAAAGAGAUGUAAAAACAAAAACGCAAAAUAAAUAGCCAAAACAGACAGACCUCAGCGUAACACGCAAAACGGAAGAGUGGCACUCAAAUCAGAAGCGUAACACUCAAAAUGGAGCACGUUUGGCUUCCGAAAAAGGUUCACAAACAGGAACACUUCCUUCUGGGUUUGCAAUGUUUGGGUUCCAAGUUGUUUGAGUACCAAGGCGUUUGAGAACCAAGGUACCACUGUAUAUAUAUAUUUUGGGGUGAGACAGGAAGCCUUCCGUGCUGAUGCCAGUUCCUGCCGCCCAAAGGCAUUUCACCCUAACACCAUCUGAAAAAGGCUCAAGGCCCAGCAACCAAACUGCGACAACUCAAGCGGCGGGGAGCCGUGUGUGAACUGACCCCCGAGAGAAUGAUCUGGCAAGCUGAGCUGGCAGAAAUCCUUCCAAUACCCAGAGACUCAGGGGACAACUCUUUGGGGCGGGGGGACACAACCUGAACAAAAUGUUCCAUUUAGCCGGACAUCAGAACAAAUAGUUUACCGACGGAGCGAGUUUGUUUGCUGUGUCUGCACAGAAGCACGGCAGGACUUUUGGCUGCAAUGCCUGGCUGGGGUGUGGGGCAGUAUUAAGGGUGGAGGGGCAGCACCCCACUAUUCUUCCAGACCCCUCUCCCCACAAGCAGCUUCCCUGUCAUUGCAAAUGAGGGGUGGCCACUGUGAGAACAGGAUUCUGGGAUAGAUGGGCCUUUGGUCUGAUCCAGUUACAGAACUCUUUUUCUUCCUCGGUACAGAUUUGCGUGCUUAAGUUUCUUAUGCACUGGUCUCUUCCCAUGUUCAUAUGUUCUGUAAAAGGGACGGGGUUCAGAGCUGGUGUGUGUCGUUGCGCCAUCCAAGUCCUGUUGUUGAGAGAGCAGGGGCUAGGAAUCUCCGACAAACACUUGCCUGAGAUCAGAUUUUGCAUAUGAAGUCCGACAGUCCAGAGGUCAGGGAAUCCAGAUGAUCACAGAGCCAAGGGUACAGACAGAGAAUAAUAAUAAUAAUUGUUGUUGAUUAGUCGUUUAGUCGUGUCCGACUCUUCGUGACCCCAUGGACCAAAGCACGCCAGGCACUCCUGUCUUCCACUGCCUCCUGCAGUUCGGUCAAACUCAUGUUUGUAGCUUCGAGAACACUGUCCAACCAUCUCGUCCUCUGUCGUCCCCUUCUCCUUGUGCCCUCCAUCUUUCCCAGCAUCAGGGUCUUUUCCAGGGAGUCUUCUCUUCUCAUGAGGUGGCCAAAGUAUUGGAGCCUCAGCUUCAGGAUCUGUCCUUCCAGCGAGCACUCAGGGCUGAUUUCCUUCAGAAUGGAGAGGUUUGAUCUUCUUGCAGUCCAUGGGACUCUCAAGAGUCUCCUCCAGCACCAGAAUUCAAAAGCAUCCAUUCUUCGGCGAUCAGCCUUCUUUAUGGUCCAGCUCUCACUUCCAUACAUCACUACUGGGAAAACCAUAGCUUUGACUAUACAGGCCUUUGUUGGCAAGGUGAUGUCUCUGCUAAUAAUAAUAAUAAUAAAUGUAUACCCUGCAUAUCUGGCUGGGUUUCCCCAGCCACUCUAGGUGGCUUCCAACAAAAGAUUAAAAAUACAUUAAUAUAUCAGUCAUUAAAAAGCUACCCUAGGCAGGGCUGCCUUCAGAUGUCUUCUAAACAUCAGAUAGUUGUUUAUUCCCUUGACAUCUGAUGGGAGGGCGUUGCAAAGGGCGGGUGCCACCACCGAGAAGACCCUCUGCCUGGUUCCCUGUAACCUCACUUCUCGCAGUGAGGGAACCGCCAGAAGGCCCUCGGAGAUGGACCUCAGUGUCCAGGCAGAACGAUGGGGGUGGAGAUACUCCUUCAGGUAUACUGGGCCAAGACUGUUUAGGGCUUUCAGGUCAGCACCAACACUUUGAAUUGUGCUUGGAACGUACUGAGAGCCAAUGUAGGUCUUUCAGGACCGGUGUUAUAUGGGCUUGGCGGCCGCUCCCAGUCACCCGUCUAGCUGCCGCAUUCUAGCUGCAGUAAGGUAGGGCCAAGAACCACAGGCUUCGUUUCCAGCACCUGACUGUUGCUGAGAACUCUGUUUCAGAAGGCUGGAGUCAUCUGAUUCCCAUUAGUGCCUUCUCAUAGAGUUGGAAGGGACCCAAAGGCCAUCUAGUCCAACCCCCUGCAGUGCAGAAAUCUCAGCUAAAGCAUCCAUGACAGAUGGCCAUCCAACCUCUGCUUAAAAACCUCCAAGGAAGGAGAGUCCACAACCUCUGGAGGGUGAAGCCUGAUCAGCUGCAGAUGGAGUCGCUCUGCCAUGCCCCCCUUCAGGCUGGUGUUCAGCAGGUGAAGCUGACCCCUGGCCCAUGACUGUGUCCUUCACCAGAUGUUGUUGGACUACAACUCCCAUCAUCCCUGAGCUCAGGCCUUGCUAUCUAGGGGUGAUGGGAGUUGUAGUCCAACAACAUCUGGGAACCCACAGGUUGAGAAAGGCUGCCUUAGGGUCUCUGUACAGUGGUGCCUCGCAAGACGAAAUUAAUCCGUUCCGCGAGUCUCUUCGUCUUCGUUUUUUCAUCUUGCGAAGCACGGCUAUUAGCGGCUUAGCGGCUUAGCGGCUAUUAACGGCUUAGCGGCUUAGCAGCUUUAAGAAAAAGGAAACAAACUCGCAAGAACUCGCAAGACGUUUCGUCUUGCAAAGCAAGCCCAUAGGGAAAUUUGUCUUGCGGAACGACUCAAAAAACAGAAAACUCUUUCGUCUAGCGAGUUUUUCGUCUUGCGAGGCAUUUGUCUUGCGGGGCACCACUGUAUGUGUUUCCGCUUUCUGCAGCAGCGGCCGGUGGUAUCUACAGGCUUGGCCCACUUCCAUCUCUCAACUCUUCUCCUCGGAUCGGCAGCUAUUUAAGAGUCUGUCUUGCAGAUGGUUUAGCAGGAAUCAGAGCAGAGGUCUCCGCAUGUGUGCAUUGAAGGAGGAGCUGGCGAACAUCAAGGACUCAAAACAUUUCUAGUUUUCAAGGAACCUUUACGACCUUGUUAAAACCUCAGGGAGGACAAAGGGUGAAAAUCAGAAUAUAUUAUAGAGCUGUUAGUGGUGGGAACUCGCCCUUCCUGGCAGGCUACAUAGGGAAGCUGCCUCAAACUGGUCUAUCUAGCUCCAUAGUGUCCACACUGACUGGCAGCAACUCUCCAGGAUUUUAGAUAGGGUUGUCCCCUCCUACUUACCAGACUCAGACCUGCAAAGUGGUAGCUUUGUGUAGCUUCAGACCCAUUUUUGUUGUUGUUUAGUCGUUUAGUCGUGUCCGACUCUUCGUGACCUCCUGGACCAGAGCACACCAGGCACUUCUGUCUUCCACUGCCUCUCGCAGUUUGGUCCAACUCAUGCUGGUAGCUUCGAGAACACUGUCCAACCAUCUCGUCCUCUGUUGUCCCCUUCUCCUUGUGCCCUCCAUCUUUCCCAACAUCAGGGUCUUUUCCAGGAGUCUUCCUUCUCAUGAGGUGGCCAAAGUCUUGGAGCCUCAGCUUCAGGAUCUGUCCUUCCAGUGAGCACUCAGGGCUGAUUUCCUUCAGAAUGGAGAGGUUUGAUCUUCUUGCAGUCCACGGGACUCUCAAGAGUCUCCUCCAGCACCAGAAUUCGAAAGCACCAAUUCUUCGGCUAUCAUUUUUGAGAUUGCAUCCCAGUACAGCUUUUGCCACUCUUUUGUUAACUAUGAGAGCCACUCCAUUUCUUUUACUGGUUUCUUGCCCACAGUACCCUGUUCCUAUAGGGACACUGAGGAUUUUCUCUCAGAGCUGAAGAUAAAUGGUGAUUUCAGUUUAUAUCCACCUUUCUUCCAAAUACCAACCAUUUAAACAAGCAUUCUCAAAAGAACCUAAAAACAUUCCAAACACAGUUUAAAAACAUUCACCCAGUGGUUUCACAGGGUUGCCAGGAACAGUAUAUUUCAGCCAUCAAAUGUCUGGGUAAACAGGAAUGUUUUAAAAUUCCUUCUGUGAGACAGCAAGGAAGGAGGCAGACCCACCUCACAAGGGAGGGCAUUUGGGAAACAAGGAGCCACUGCCGAAAAGACCCUGUCGUUGCUCAAUACCAGCCAGGCAGCCCACAGUGGUGUCACCACCAGCAAGGCCUUGCCUCUAGUUGCCUUGGCAAACGACAGUUCAUAAACAAGAUGUGUGUGGUUUGGGAGCUGCACAGUCAGGGAAAAAACAAUGGGUUGUAAAGACUGUGGAGAGAAUAAUUGGGCGCACUCUUCCCACCUUGGAUCAAAUCUACGCUUUCAGGUGCCAUAAGAAAGCUGCAGAGAUAGCGCAGGAUACUGCGCACCCCGGAAAUGAUCUCUUUCAGCUUCUGCCUUCUGGAAGAAGGUACAGGGUUAUAAAGACUAGGACUAGCCGCCUGAUAAACAGUUUCUAUCCAAAUGCGAUUUUGGUUUUAAACACAGUGUAAGGUAGUCUGUAUGGGAGUAUAUUGUAUUUACUUAUGGGGUAUCAGAGUUUUUAGGGGGCUAACCAGGCUGGGAUAGCUGGGAUAGCAGGCUUGUUGGUUUUGAACGCCUUAUGUAGAUUUUUUUUUUCCAGUUUUGGGUGGCACUGUGGGUUACACCUCAGAGCCUAGGACUUGCCGUUCAGAAGGUUGGCAGUUCGAAUCCCCGCGACGGGGUGAGCUUCCAUUGCUCUGUCCCAGCUCCUGCCAACCUAGCAGUUCAAAAGCACGUCAAAGUGCAAGUAGAUAAAUAGGUACCGCUCUGGCGGGAAGGUAAACGUCCCAUCCCCGAAUGGAUAUGUUGGAGACUGAAACCUGGGGCCUUUUGCAUGAAAAACACCAGAUCAUAGAAAGCUGUCUUAUAUUGAGUCAAUUGGUCCAUCUAACUCAAUAUUGUCUACACUGACCCGCAGCAGUUCUCCGGGGUUUUCGGCAGAGGGUCUCUUCCAGCCCCACCUGGAGAUACCAAGGAAUGAACUGAGACUUUAAGUACAUAAGGAGAGUGCUGCAACUGGAUCAGGCCAGCAGCCCAUCUCUUCCAGCAUCCUGUACUCACAGCGGCCGACCACUUCACCCAGAUAUUCUGCUUCUCAGCCCAUUUUAACAAUCUUACUAGGGAAAUGAAAGAAAUAGAACGCUUCCUUUCUGACAUUUCCACGCAAGCCGAAACCACUUCUUUAUGUGGUCAGCUGCUCUAAGCAGCCGUAUCACUUAGAAAAUCCACAAAUGUCUGCUAAAUCGAAAUGUUUCCGAAAGCCUUUGUUAAAAGAAAGCAUAUUAGUAAACUGAAAAGCACCUCUUUUUUCCUGUUGCGCAAAGACAUCCAUGCGUACUGGCUGCUUUUAAGAGUUUGAAAUCUAUCAGCUAAAUAAAAACAGUCUGAAACAUCUAGCAGGUUCCAGUUAACCCCAACCCAACUCUAACCCUAACCCUAAACCUAAUCCCAACCCUAAUCCCAUCUCUAACCCUAACCCUAACCCUAAUCCCAACUCUAACCCCAAUCCCAACUCUAACCCCAACCCUAACCCUAACCCUAAUCCCAACUCUAACCCUAAUCCCAACUCUAACCCCAACCCUAACUCUAAUCCCAACUCUAACCCCAACCCUAACCCUAAUCUCAACUCUAACCCUAAUCCCAACUCUAACCCCAACCCUAACCCCAAACCUAAUCCCAACUCUAACCCCAAUCCCAACUCUAACCCCAACCCCAACCCUAACCCUAAUCUCAACUCUAACCCUAAUCCCAACUCUAACCCCAACCCUAACCCUAAACCUAAUCCCAACUCUAACCCCAAUCCCAACUCUAACCCCAACCCUAACCCUAAUCCCAACUCUAACCCCAACCCUAACCCUAAUCCCAACUCUAACCCCAAUCCCAACUCUAACCCCAACCCCAACCCUAACCCUAAUCCCAACUCUAACCCCAACCCUAACCCUAAUCCCAACUCUAACCCCAAUCCCAACUCUAACCCCAACCCUAACCCCAAACCUAAUCCCAACUCUAACCCCAAUCCCAACUCUAACCCCAACCCUAACCCUAAACCUAAUCCCAACUCUAACCCCAAUCCCAACUCUAACCCCAACCCCAACCCUAACCCUAAUCCCAACUCUAACCCCAACCCUAACCCUAAACCUAAUCCCAACUCUAACCCCAAUCCCAACUCUAACCCCAAUCCCAACUCUAACCCUAAUCCCAACCCCAACCCCAGCUAUCAGUCAUCUGAGAAGUGUUGUGGCUCUGCUGGAAGAGAUGUCUUCCUAGGCGCCCUCUCUCUCUCUCUCUCUGCCCUCCUGCGUCUCCAGUCAGGUGACUCAUUGCUUUAAUAGGUCAAAGUCAUCAUGCUGUGAAGCGUGGGGUGAUUUUAUAGGCCGCUCAGGUGUGUGGGAGGAACAUCGAGAAAGACAAAGGGUUUUGCGUUUAAUGAUGGGAAGGAACUUUUCAAAGAUAAGAGGCCAAUUUAGACAAGACGUUGAAAGGAGGAAGACCAAGUGAAAACGAUGCACUUAAGGAUUUUGUUUGUUUGUUUUGGAGGGGGCACUUCCAGAUUACCUGUUUCUUGAGGAAUUCAUCCUGAUUCCUUUGCAGGGAGAUGAGACAAAAUUGGCUCUUGAAUGAGAAUUUGUUCUGCUUUGUUUUCAGGGAGAUUAGAUGAGAAUUCUUUCUGCGUUGUUUUUUUGCAGGGAGUUUAGAAAAGGUUGGCUAUUUAGUGAGUUAUCCCAAUUCAUUUGUGGGGCAAUUAGGCUAUUUGGUUAUUCAAUGAGCGUUCCGAUUUAGGUUAGAUGCUGCUGUGUCAAAGCAAAUAUUGGCUCACACUUUCCGGUGUGUUUUCUGCCAACUUCCUUAUUGCUAAAAGCCGGCUCUUCGGGGGCGUGGGGUGCGGGUGGGGAAGUAGGUUUGUGGCACAUGACCUCCCAAUCAACUCUAAUUACACAACCUGAACUUGCCAUUAUGGGAUUGAGGUCACUCCCACACCAUGAGUUUCAGGCAUGUGGCUUCACACAGAAUCCUGGGGACAGUAGUCAGUUAAGGGUGCUAGGAAUUAGUUCUGUGAUGGGUGAACUAUAGUUCCUGAGGUUCAUUGCAGGAAGCCAUGGCUCUUAAAAUGGCAUAAAUGUGCAUUAAAUGUGGAGUCAGUAAAGGUAAAGGGACCCCUGACUGUUAGGUCCAGUUGUGGACGACUCUGGAGUUGCGGUGCUCAUCUCACUCUAUAGGCAAAGGGAGCCAGCGUACACCCUCCGGGUCAUGUGGCCAGCAUGACUAAGCCGCACACGGAAACGCCGUUUACCUUCCCGCUGGAGUGGUACCUAUUUAUCUACUUGCACUUUGACGUGCUUUGGAACUGCUAGGUGGGCAGGAGCAGGGACCGAGCAAUGGGAGCUCACCCCGUCGCAGGGAUUCGAACCACAGACCUUCUGAUCGGCAAGUCCUAGGCUCUGUGGUUUAACCCACAGCACGACCCGCGUCCCUGAAAUGUGGAGUUAUCCCGCUCCAAAAUAGCAAUAGUGCUGAAGUGCUCUGUGUUUCGUUUUUAAUGAAGAAAGGGAACAUGCUGAACAUCCCAUGUAUAAAACAGGAACAAAAUGUUGCAGUAUGACAAGCUUCUGUUCAUUGUUUCUUCUUCUCCCCCGCUUUUUAUAAUUCUUUUUUAUUCAGUUUUACUCUAUACAUUUAAAUUCAGGCAUUAAUCAUAAUCAUCAACAUUCAUGAUUCCCUGAAUCCUUGAACUUCCUUGCAAUGUUUCCAUUUCAAACUUUUUUCUACUCCAUCAUAUAUUUUCUCUAUUUUCUUAAAAUAAUCCAUUUCCUCCAAUCCAUUAAAAACUAAGGUUUUUAAUACAUCACAAGCGUCACUCAAAUCCUGCCAUAGUUUUAAGUUGUUUACAGUAUUAUCUUAAGUAAAUUGUAAUUUUUUCCCCAUCCCUUAUUAAAGUUUCUGUCUUCUUGGUUUCUGAUUUUCCUGGUCAUUUUUGCCAUUUCGGCGUAGUCCAUCAUCUUCAUCAGCCAUUCGUCUCUGGUCGGGACUUUAAAGUCCCUGUUCACUGUUUCAGCCAGCCAGAUGUGCCUUCUUCCAAGAUAUUCCAUCAUGUUCCCCUCUCCCCAUUUUCCACUCCUCCCUUCAAAAGGAGAAAUUCAGUAUUCCGUGACCAAGGAGCAUGGGUAGGCAAACUAAGGCCCGAUCGGUGAAUCUGGCCCAAUCGCCUUCUCUAUCCGGCCCACGGAUGGUCCGGGAAUCAGUGUGUUUUUACAUGAGUAGAAUGUGUCCUUUUAUUUAAAAUGCAUCUCUGGGUUAUUUGUGGGGCAUAGGAAUUCGUUCACCCCCCACCAAAAUAUAGUCCGACCCCCACAAGGUCUGAGGGACAGUGGACCGGCCCCCUGCUGAAAAAGUUUGCUGACCCCUGGUCAAAAAGCAUGGGCUCCUUUGGGUAUCCUUUGCCCUCUUUUAGGUUUGCUUUUCCCCUAAAGAUUUUGUGAACUUCUGCAAACUUUGGGGUUCCCCCUGCCCACCUGCAGAUCGCUAGCUCCCUCUUGUGGGUGGUGCGUUUGGGGCGCCUAAGAACAGGCGCUCAAGAGAACCGAGAGAGUUAUUAGUUUAGAUGCGAUGAUAAGACGAUAAGAGAAUGGAAAAGUGAAGGAGAAGAAGGAUCGGAGCCAAAAAUGCAAAACCUAACGAGUGUGGAAAGAGCAAAGGACAUGAGAUUAAGUGUACGGUAGAUGAAAAUUUAAAGGAACAAAGAUAAGAAACUGAUUUGCUGUGUCAACGCGAUAUUCGUCUCUCUGUUGUAUACCACUCUCCCACAAAACUGCGUCCACAAUUGUGGCUCGUGGCAGAUCAAAUGCGCAAUAGCAAUCCAGAAAAACGUAUCAGAAACCAUUAGGAAUAAACAUAAUGUUAAUAAGCAAAUGUAAGCCAUCCGGCCCCCUAUAGCAAAAGAAACUAGCCUAAUUUGACAGCUUAAGAGUAAAAGGAAUACAGUGGACACUCGGGUUGCAAACGUGAUCCGUGCAGGAGGCACGUUCGCAACCUACAGCGUUCGCAACCCACAGUGCCAUGUCUGCACACGUGCAGGUUGUGAUUCGGCUCUUCUGCGCAUGCGCAAAGCGUGAUUUAGCGCUUCUGAGCAUGCGUGAGCACCAAAACCUGGAAGUAACCCAUUCUGGUACUUCUGGGUUUUGGCGCAUCCGUAACCCGAAAACGUGCAACCUGAAGUGUCUGUAACCCGAGGUAUGACUGUAAUGCAGAAAUAAAAUAGUGGCAUACAAACUUCACCAUGUUGCAGAGGAUGUAUCCAAAAAUUUGGAUUGGAGACUCGAUCGUCAAACAUCCAGGCACCCCAGCUGGAGAAGGGCAGACAGUCCCUUCCCGGUUUUCCUUCAGAGCCAGUGCGGGAUUUACGUAUAAGCUAAACAAGCUAUAGCUUAGGGCCCCACUCUCUUGGGGGCCCCCCAAAAAUUUCACUAUUAAUAUAUUUCUUCUCAAUUGUCUUUCAGUUCAACAAUUACUUUGAUAAAAAUACAUAUUUUGUUAUGUGCAAAAGGCUGCUAGCCUGCUCCCUAAAAUAUCGCUGGUUUGCUCAUUUCUAUAUACAGUGGUACCUCAGAUUACAGACGCUUCAGGUUACAGACUCCGCUAACCCAGAAAUAGUACCUCGGGCUAAGAACUUUGCUUCAGGAUGAGAACAGAAAUCGUGCGGCGGCAGCGGGAGGCCCCAUUAGCUAAAGUGCUACUUCAGGUUAAGAACAGUUUCAAGUUAAGAACAGACCUCCAGAACGAAUUAAGUUCUUAACCCGAGGUACCACUAUAUAGGGUGCCUACAUUCUGCAUAGACGGGUUGCAUGGCAACAUGUGCAAAAAUGGCUUUAGAUACCUAUUAGGUCCAUAAAUUGCCAUAGAGCAUAUAUUCAACACAGAAAACAGCGACAAUUUGUUGAUGACAAAGGCCAUAUAAAGGGCCCCAUUACCUUCAGUAGCUUAGGGCCUCAUCAAACCUAAAUCCGGCCCUGCUCAGAGGGGCCUUGCACCCACCAUUAUUGGGGUCUCUCACCCCACACGGCAGCCACAACAUUCUUUCCCCCCUCUUCCACUAAGCAAUAUGUAUUCCUCCUUCUGAGAGCCAUGCGCAAAGCCUCAGAGCCUCACUCCCAAAGUGCUGACUCCCCAAAGGAGCAAGUUCACCACAGGGCCUCUGCUGUUUACUCUCCACAUCUGGCACGCAGAGGCAGACAAUCCGUGUACAUGGGUGUUCCUCUUCCUUUAUUAUAUUGAUAUAUCACAUCACACACCCCAAAGUGAUUUGCAGGACAGUAAAAGACGGAGAUACGCCGUGCAGUGGGAAGUUCACACACCUAUAGACAUACAAAAAGCGUUCGUCGAAAAAUAAAUAAAUGAAUCACUUAGAAACGCAAAGUCUCUGCCCACAACAGAAAACAAAAGUGAACCCCGACAGCUGCCAAAAGGUCAAUUGUUAGUGCUGUCCAGAAAACCCAGGAGAGUCAAAGCAUCUUUCCCUAAUGCUGAAAGAAGAUAGAGGAAGGUCUGGCAGAGAGUGUUCCAUAGAUGAGAGGCUAAUAAUCAUAAUAAUCAUAAUUUUAUUAUUUAUACCCCGCCCAUCUGGCUGGGCUUCCCCAGCCACUAUGGGCAGCUUCCAACAAAAUAUAAAAAUGCAGUAAUGCAUCAAACAUUAAAAGCUUCCCUAAACAGGGCUGCCUUCAGAUAUCUUCUAAAAGUCUGGUAGUUGUUGUUCUCUUUGACAUCUGGUGGGAGGGCGUUCCACAGGGCGGGUGUCACCACCGAGAAGGCCCUCUGCCUGGUUCCCUGUAACCUGGCUUCUCACAUUGAGGAAACCGCCAGAAGGCCCUUGGCACUGGACCUCAGUGGGUAGAACAGUGUCCAGGUAAUGCCCAACUCAUUGCUGUCAUUGGUGGUGAUCAUUGAUGGGCCAACAUGCCUGUCUCAGUUUCUUCUCAGUUUCCAGUUUUUUCAGACCCUAGAUUCAUCUUAAAGGAGAUGAUCUUAACCGAGAUUCUGACUAAACAUCAGGAAAAACUUUUUGGCAAUAAAAGCUGUUUGACGGUGAAACAGACUCCCUCUGGAGGUGUUGGACACUCCUUCCUUGGAGGUUUCUAAGCAGAGGUUAGAUGGCCAUCUGUCAUGGAUGCUGUUAUGCAUUGAAGUUCUCACCCUGGCCACCAGGAGUAUCGUGUAGAUAGUUUUCACUCAGGUCCACGUCAGUUACCCUAGGCAGGAAACACUGGGUUGUUGUUGCUACAGUGUUGACAGCCGGCUGCCUAUAAAAGCAGGCCAACUGAGCUGUUUGCUGUUCAGUGCUGUUCCAGCUUACAAAUAAAGAGCUGCUUUGGAGAAAUCGCUGCGUCAUCUGCUAUGUCUACCCACUAUUCAACAGAUGCUUUAGUUGAGAUUCCUUCAUUGCAGGGGGUUGGACUAGAUGACCCUCGGGUCCCUUCCAACUCUACAAUUCUAUGAUUUGCUUCUCCGCAUUGCUACAUCAGUUUGUGGUUUCGUUUUAUUUAUUAAAAAGUCUCCAUGAAACUUUGUCAGCAUUUCUCCUACUACAGAAAAUUCAUGUGCAACUUUUCCCCUGAUAUGCACAUUUUUUGCAAAGCAGUUUUCCUGAUAUAACACAUUUUGGUAUGUUAUUUUCACCAACUAUGUAGUAAUAUGGACACUUUAGCCUAGUGCAUGUAUUCCAGUACACAUCACUCGGCUGAAAAACAGUCUUGCAAAAUUCAGAGAAGUAUACUAUAAUGAGUAUGGGGUUGCUCGUGCGUAAGUUUCCGCCUCUCCUGGCUAUGUUGCCUUGUUAAACCUUUCUGUCUGGACAGCCCUUCAAUUCGUGGCUGCCUCAGUCGCUAGCAGAAUCCGUCAGUGGGCGUUUCUUAAACCUCUUCCAACAUAAAAGUUGUUUGACGCCCAGUCUCCUCCUACUCUCCCUGCAUGGAAGUCUUCUGCGCAGGGAGGGCGUGGGUAGCGGAGGACCAGUGCUCUCCCCUCUGGUGUCCAGUGAAGAGUCCUGGAGCCCUCUCGCCGAUUCCCCCAUCUGCCCCCCUUUAUCCCUGGUGUAACGUUGAUUUGCUUCCCCCUCUGCUGAACUGCCUCUCUCCCUGCUUGGCCCUUCUCUAGCAUCAUUUGAGAGCCUUCCCUCCGCCUCAGGCUCCGAUGUCAGUUCCCUGACAUAUACAUUUCUGGAUAUGCCUGUGUUUUGGUUUGUUUAUUGUUCCAGAAAGUGUGAGUUAGUUAGGAUCAUCUCUAAGUGUGACCUGAAUUGAAGUCUUCCCUGCCUCUGUUAGGAAUCCAUAAGCGGCUGCAACAGGUCCUGCCAACAUCUCGGAGCCUUUUCAGCUGAGUGAGGGGGCUGCAUGCUGGAGCCUGGGGAUCUGAAUUCUCAGCCCCUAUGAUGUUGCAGUUCAGCCUAGGAUGGUAGAUGUGAUUUUGUACUCCAGACUUGGCUGCAGAACUGCGUCGCAAAAUUCAGAGCAGUGCGAAUUUCAAAAGAGAGCUGUGUUUCAGUUCACAAAUUUGGCAUGUUCGCCGUUCGACACAAACUGAUUUGGAUCUCCCCCUCAUCUCUAGUGAUUGUUCAAUCUACCAUGAGUUUGUCUAAGAAGAAAACACACCAAGAACUCUGGCCAAUGUAAGUUUCAACUAAUUCGCAAAUCAGUAGUCAAUUGUAACAAAAACUAAUCCAUUCAAAAGCAUGUGUUCUGACAAGGAUUACAAACUCAAACAGAGAUUACAAACUCAAACUUAUAAGGAUAUGUUUAACACAAUAAUUUGUUACAGUAUUAAAAACAAGAGUUUAUGAGUAGAGAUAAGUUCAAGUUAGUCCAUAGUCAGAUUUGACGUGAAGAUCUUAGUUUCAAUCAUUGAGCAGAAGUCAGAAGUCAAUUAUGGAUCAGAAACCAGGACAGGGCCCGGUUCCGAUGUAUUCAUCUUCAUCAGCUAAUUUUUAAGGGGUCGUGUAAGUUUGAAGAAUUCGUAUAAAUAUAUCCUGUUAUUUUCUACGUUUCUCAGAGAUAACAACUAAGUGUGGGUAGAUCAACGUGUAUCUUGAGCUUUUCUUAAAGAAAAUAGGAAGGAAGGAAGGAAGGAAGGAAGGAAGGAAGGAAGGAAGGAAAGCUAUCUGAGCCGCAUCCUGGAAUUGUAAAUUCACGAAGGGAGGAGAACAGUCAUGGCUUUCAAAGUUAGGAAGCUAAUGUUCACAAAAUCAGGAAAGAGACCAGUGGGGUUGAAGGGUGACAAGGAAAGGUGUCUUCAAAGCUCUGAAGCAAAGGAACGAAACACUGAACAGGAAGCAAAGUGUUAAGCUUGGGGGAAAGGAAGGAGAGGGUUGUAAUUCCUUUCAAGAUGCCAAAUCUGCCCUUGGUGUUGUGAUGCAUGUUGUACGGUGGGCCUUUCGAGCACAGAGAAUCAAAGGAAGGCAGAGGCCGAAGCGAUGCUUAGACCGUAACAGAAGGACGUCAGAAGAGCCUGGCAGCAGGAUGAGGCCAAGCCCCCACUGGUCCAGCAUCUCGUAGGGCCCUCGUAUUUACGGGACCGCCUCUCCUGGUCUGCCCCGCAGAGGACUUAAGGUCCAUGAAUAUCCCUAGUUUAGAGGUCCCGGGCCCUAAGGAAGUCAGACUAUCCUCCAACGGGGCCAAGCAGCAUAAAAUACAGUAUAAAAACAUGAAUAACAAUAAAAUUCAAGAAUCAAAAAUCAAUUAGAUAAUCCCCAGGGCUAGCUGGCUGAAUUGGUCCUACUUGGGCCAGCGAGGAGGCCAGGGGAGAAUUAGCUGUGGGGUCUCAGAGUGGGUGAUCUUCAUAAAAGGGGAGGGGGAGGGAAGAGAAGGGAAAUAAAAGAUCAGGCUGAAUUCAAAUUAAAGGCCAGGCGGAAUAGCUCUGUCUUACAGGCCCAACAGGAGGGGGUUAAAUCCUGAAGGGCCCUAAUCUCAUGGGACAGAGCAUUCCACCAGGUCGGAGCCAUCACUGAGAAGGCCCUGGCCCUGGUGGAGGAUAGUCUGGCUUCCUUAGGCCCCAGGACCUCUAAACUAUGGUUAUUCAUGGACGUUAAGGUCCUCUGUGGGGCAUACCAGUAGAGGUGGUCCCAUAAAUACGAGGGCCCUUCAUUUGAUGAAGUGAAGGGUCAUGAGGGCCAACCAAAGGGCCAACCAAAUUUGUUAACCUUUUUUUAGGAUUGAUGUUAUUGAGGGGUUUUUUAGGAUUUUACCCCAGGAAAUAAACUGCCACAGGGGCUGGGUUAAACUGUCUUUGGACAUGUCUGGUCUAGCACCUAAAGGUGUAUAAUGAAGGCACCAGGCAAGCCUUCCCGGGGAGAGCAUCACACAACUGGGGAGCCGCUGCAGAAAAGGCCCUGUUCUCGUGUUGCCACCCUGAGGACCCUCGUGGAGGAGGCACACGAAGAAGGGAAGAGGGGUUGAUCAUUAAAUCGUAGUGCUUUCUAGUGCAAGAUGGGGCCUUAGUUCCUUACAAGCUAAGUAAAAAACCCCCCACAAGAGACGAGUAUCGGGCUUCCUGCUUGCGAACAGAGAGGCAUUUGCAGCCACUGGCAUCUGUGUGACCCUGUCGCUCUUUGCAAACUUGCCAGCGCAAGGCAGAUUCGCUUAGUGCAUCACACACGCACAACCUUCCUGCUUCCCUGGCACAUUUUUGUCUGCCCACACCAGACUCCGCAAGAAGGUCACUGUGUUCCAGCUUCUUUGCUCUGGGCGCCUGUGGAUAUUCCACCAAGGUCCCCAAGGAAACAGGAUUUGCUUCCCAGGAUUCGCAGGAAUGCAGAUCUAAAAGCUGGUCCAAUACCAGCCCAAGAGACGCUAUAAAUUCACAGUACAGCAGCAGGGCAGUUUGUGGAUUUAAGAUGUCUGGCAGGGUUGGCUGCACAUGCCCGAAAACAACAUUUGCUGUUGCCAUGCGGGCGGGACUCCCUGGCUCUGACAUUUAGAGAGUGUGUGGGGUUUCUUAGAUUUCUCCCUCUUUGCCCUGGCUUUCCUGCCCCAUAUAACCUGGUGCCCUGCAGUUUGUUGUCAUUAGUAGCCAAUUUGUAGAAAUCUGAAAAUCAAUUAGAAAAGAUUUGGCACACUGAUGGACUUUUUGGAGCUGGCCGACCUGACUGGAAGAAUCCGUGACCAGAAAGAAGGGGAGACACAAGAGGACUGGAUGAAAUUUAAAGAAUAUUUAGCUAAAUAUUGUGGUAUAAGAUAAUAGAAAAUCCUUGAAAGUAUCAAAUAGGCUUAGGGGCAGAAUAGGAAUAGGUGCUAGUAAGUAUUAAAGAUUAGAAUAAUAGUAAAGGAGAAGAGGUUAGUAAAUGAAAGGAGUUAAUAUCAUUAGAAAUAUGAAUUUGGAGAUCUGUUAUAAAAGUGAUAUAAUGAAAUUCAGACAGAGGGGAUUCGAGGAAUUCACCUAUUAAUGUGAAAAAAGUUGGGUAUUAGAAGGAAUAAUCUUUUUUGUAUGUGUUUAGUUUAUUGCUGUGUUUUCUUUGUUGAGUCUUUUUAUGUUUUUAUGUGAUGUUUUAAAUGUUGAAAAUCAAUAAAAAAAAUUUGAAGAGAAAAAGAAGAUGAAAAGAUUUGGCACAAAGAAAACCUGGUGCCUUUUGGACCACAACUCCCAUCAUCCCUUAACUUCAGCCACACUGGCUGGAGCUUAUGGGAGUUGUAGUCCCAAACAGCUGGAAGGCACCAUCAUGGAGGAAGGCUGCCCUGAAUCCUGGGAAAUCCAACCAGACUCUGUGAAAAAAACAAGUCCCCAGGUGUCCAUUGUUCAGCAAUGGUCAAAUAGCUCAUAUUCAGUCACAGACUUGCUUCCCACAUAGCACUAAGCCCUGGUUUGUUAAACCAUGGUUUGUUUGCUAACCUGAACCCUGCCCAGUGGCUUAACUAUGGUUGAUUUACUGCCAACAAACCACAAUCUGAAACCGUGGUUUGUUGUUGGCUUUCAAAUCUCAGUUGUUUUAACUGCAACUUAGCGUUACAUGCAAACCCAGCAGCCUUCCUUAACCAUGGUUGGUUUGGCCACCCAAAACCUGACGCUCAACAGGAUACAAAGGCACAAGUUGAGAGCAGCUGGAAGACAAACCAAGAUUUUGGAGGAGGAGGCCAUGGUUUGUUCAGUCAUCUGUGAGACAACUGGUGCUUGACCCUGUGCGUAUUAAACAAACCGUGGCUUCUUAGACAAACCAUGGUUUAUUGAUACUAGCAAACCAGGCCCUUCAUCACUCGGAAGAAAUGUGAUCUCCUCACAUCAAGGAAUGUUCUUGAAGCAUUUGUGUUAUGGUUUUAUGGGUUACAAAAUCUGACUGUAAUAACAGCAAGACUUCGAACAGGGAGCCCCAAACUUUUUUCAAAUAGGGCCAGAUUUGAUGAAGUGAACAUGCUUGUUGAGCCUUUUUUUAGGGUGGAAGUUGUUGACCUUUUUUUUAGGAUUUGACCCCAAUAAAUAAACUGCCACAGGGGGCCGGAUUAGGCCCCCCAAACGGACUUUGGACAUGCCUGACUUUGUUGUUUAGUCAUUUAUUUAGUCGUGUCCAACUCUUUGUGACCCCAUGGACCACAGCAUGCCAGGCCCUCCUGUCUUCCACUGCCUCCCGCAGUGCCUCCUGUUUGGUCAAACUCAUGCUGGUAGCUUCGAGAACAUUGACCAACCAUCUCGUCCUCUGUCGUCCCCUUCUCUUUGUGCCCUCCAUCUUUCCCAACAUCAGGGUCUUCUCCAGGGAAUCUUCUCUUCUCAUGAGGUGGCCAAAGUAUUGGAGCCUCAGCUUCAGGAUCUGUCCUUCCAGUGAGCACUCAGGGCUGAUUUCCUUCAGAAUGGAUAGGUUUGAUCUUCUUGCAGUCCAUGGGACUCUCAAGAGUCUCCUCCAGCACCAGAAUUCGAAAGAUCCAUUCUUCGGCGAUCAGCCUUCUUUAUGGUCCAGCUCUCACUUCCAUACAUCACUACUGGGAAAAUAAUAAUAAUAAUAAUAAUAAUAAUAAUAAUAAAAUUUUAUUUAUACCCCGCCCUCCCUGGCCAGAGCCAAUUUAAAAUACAGGUUAAGAUGCAAUUUAAAAUGCAGCCUUAUUUUAAAGUAGCCAAUAAAUCAAGAUCAUAAGGGGAGGAAAACAUAAGGGUCAGACUGAGUCCAGACCAAAGGCCAGGUGGAACAGCUCUGUCUUGCAGGCCCUGCGGAAAGAUGUCAAGUCCCGCAGGGCCCUGGUCUCUCGUGACAGAGCGUUCCACCAAGUCGGGGCCAGUACUGAAAAGGCCCUAGUUGCGACCAAUCUAAUAACCUUGCGACUUGGGACCUCCAAAAUGUUGUCAUUUGUGGACCUUAAGGUCCUCCACGGGGCAUACCAGGAGAGACGGUCCUGUAGGUACGUGGGUCCUAGGCCACAUAGGGCUUUAAAGGUCAAAACCAGCACCUUAAACCCGACCCUGUACUCCACUGGGAGCCUAUACAACUAACGCAAGUUAGGAAGGAUAUUAAUAAACAAUAUAUCCUCUCCUGCCUCCCUGAACAUUCCCACAGCCCUCUCCCUGCCAGCUGGAAGGAAGCUUGGCAAACCUGGAGAUUUCAGGUCAAGGCUGGAUAUCUGGGAACCUGAGUCUUUUCUUACAUGCUGGGCAGAAAACUAACACCCUCUAACCUCAUACUGAGCAUUCAACAGCUGUUUGAUCUGCAGAAACCAGCAGGCGAUUCAUUUGGAACAAAACAUCACCUUCUGCAACCCCAGAAUCAUAGUGUGUUAGAGCUGGAAGGGACCACAAGGGUCAUCUAGUCCAGCCCCUCCCCUGCAGAGAGAAUAAUUGGGUGCACUCUUCCCACCUUGGGUCAAACCUGCGCUUCCAGGUGCCAUAAGAAAGCUGCAGAGAUAGUGCAGGAUAGUGCGCACCCCGGAAAUGAUCUUUUUCAGCUUCUGCUGUCUGGAAGAAGGUCCAGGGUUAUAAAGGACUAGCCGCCUGAGAAACAGUUUCUAUCCAAAUGCGAUUUUGGUUUUAAACGCAGUGUAAGGUAGUCUCUGGGACGCGGGUGGUGCUGUGGGUUAAACUACAGAGCCUAGGACUUGCCGAUCAGAAGGUCGGCGGUUUGAAUCCCCGUGAUGGGGUGAGCUCCCGUUGCUCGGUCCCUGCUCCUGCCAACCUAGCAGUUCAAAAACACGUCAAAGUGCAAGUAGAUAAAUAGGUACCACUCCAGCAGGAAGGUAAACGGCGUUUCCGUGCGCUGCUCUGGUUCGCCAGAAGUGGCUUAGUCAUGCUGGCCACAUGACCCGGAAGCUGUACGCCGGCUCCCUCGGCCAAUAAAGCGAGAUGAGCGCCGCAACCCCAGAGUCGGCCACGACUGGACCUAAUGGUCAGGGGUCCCUUUACCUUUACCUAAGGUAGUUUCUAUGGGAGUAUAUUGUAUUUAAUUGUGGGGUAUCAGAGUUUUUAGGGUGUCAACCAAACUGGGAUAGCAGGCUUGUUGGUUUUUGAAUGUCUGAUGUAGAUUUUUUAAAUUUCGUUGUUCUGUAUGGGACAAUGGCAAUAAAGAUUAUUGUAUCGUAUUGCCGGAACCUUUUGCCCAAUGUGGGGCUCAGACCCACGGCCCUGACAUUAAAAGUAUCAUGCUCUCGUGACCGAGCUAUCUUAGGUUCUAUGUGUCUGGAAAGUUUGAAGGUUGAAUGUACUCAAGUGUAAUGUGGUGCUAAACCAGGGCAAAAAAAUAAUAAUUUCGCAUAUAUGCUCAUGGGGUUUGGACUGGCUGGGAGUGACUAGGAACAAAACCUUGGGGUCAUAACAUGAAGAUGUGUGGCAGCUAUGAGAAAGGCAGAUUCCAUGCUAGGGAAGAUUAGGGAAGGAAAGGAAGAUGAAGGUGCUGAUACCAUGAUGCUGUUACGCAAAUCUAUGGUGCGACCACAUUUGGAGCGCUCUGUUGAGUUCUGGUUGCUUCACCUCAAAAAAGGAUAUUGCAGAGUUGGAAGUUGAGGGAAAGGGCAAGAAAUGAUCAAAGGAAUGGAGCAAUUCCCCUAUGAGGAAAGAUUGCAGCAUUUUAGGGUUUUCUAAUUUAAAGAAUCCAGUAGUGAUGUAUGGAAGUGAGAGCUGGACCAUAAAAAAGGCUGAUCGCCAAAGAAUUGAUGCUUUUGAAUUCUGGUGCUGGAGGAGACUCUUGAGAGUCCCAUGGACUGCAAGAAGAUCAAACCUCUCCAUUCUGAAGGAAAUCAGCCCUGAGUGCUCACUGGAAGGACAGAUCGUGAAGCUGAGGCUCCAAUACUUUGGCCACCUCAUGAGAAGAGAAGACUCCCUGGAAAAGACCCUGAUGUUGGGAAAGAUGGAGGGCACAAGGAGAAGGGGACGACAGAGGACGAGAUGGUGGGACUGUGUUCUCAAAGCUACCAGCAUGAGUUUGACCAAACUGCGGGAGGCAGUGGAAGACAGGAGUGCCUGGCAUGCUCUGGUCCAUGGGGUCACGAAGAGUCGGACACGACUAAACAACAACAACAACAUUGGACUACAACUCCCAUCAUCCCACGAGCAUCGGCUACGGUGGCUGGGAGUGGUGGGACUUGUAGUCAAAAACGUCUUGAGGACACCAGGUUUGGGGAAGGUUGCCUUUGUGCCCAUGGCGGGAUAGGGGGCAGCCUGGCUUUGCCUGACGCGGGCUUCUUUCUCUCCGCCUCGCGGGUUAUUUGAGACUGGCAGGAUUUCAAGAAUCCCAUGCCUGGGCACGAAGCGCUCGCUCGCAAAGGGCAUUUGGAGAGAAGAAAGGCGAGGGAGGAGGCCGGUUCUCGGAACUGAGAGCUUCUCCCUGCCAAAGGGAGUCAACAAUCGGGUGGCAUUUCGAGCGGCACGGAAACAAUGGUGGCUUUGUUGCUGUCGGCUAAUUCUGCAGCCAGGCCACCACCUUUCAGCUGUGAUAGGAAUUUUGAGGUCUUAGAUAUAUGUUAAAUGUCCAUAAUUGUACCAACCAAGCACGUACGUAAGAUCAGCACAGGAAGACCGACCUGAAACCAUUUUGAUUCCCAAACUGAGCAAAUGUUUUCUCUGCAAGGUCAAGGGAAAAUGGAAAAGCCUCCCCAUUGUCUUUUCUUUCACAAAUCCUGUCUUAAGGGCACAUUUAAGAUAUGUAUAGGGUGGAAGCCUGUAACCUGGCUCAGGAAGAAAGUAUUUAUCAUUAUAAAAGACUGGCCAGGCUCCCCAAUCAAGUGACCAUUAAACAGGUAACCUGGCAGACAGGAGGUAAACAAAGCACUCAUAUUUCUGCUGUAAACAGCCCUUUCUGUGAUGUAGGUAUGAUGUAUGGAAGGGUGGUCUUGAGCUCCAGGGCAGGGAAUUUAGAUUUUCUAUAUAAGGCCUUGCGCGCCAUUGUUCUGGGUUCCUCCUCCCUCCUUUGCGCAUGUGCAGAAGUGCUGAAUCGCAACCCGUGCAUGCGCAGACACGGGUUGCGAACACUGCAGGUUGUGAACGUGCAUCGUGCACAGAUCACGUUCACAACCCGAGCGUCCACUGUACCAAUCAUCCAGAUGACAAAUUAUAUAAUUUAGGUGGCCUCCCGUGUACUAGAAUUGAUGGUUUGAUUAUUUACUUUAUUGCUGCGUUCCAAAUCUUAUUCAUCUCAAUUAAACUCCAGCCAAAAUAACAAUCCCUUAUACAACAACUGCAAUAUUGAUGACUUCCAUUCAUAUCGACACAUUAAAUGAUUUAUAAAUCUACAGGCGAAGCAUGCAAACUAUAUCCUUGUUCUUCCUGUGUGUGGCAAUUAUUCGGUCCGUGAUGUUUCUUCCUAUCCUUGUAAAAUAUUAUGUCUAGCUAUACCGCCUCCAGUAUUCAGGUUCGUGCAUGAAGAUUGCUACAUGCUCACCUGCGCACCAGACUAUUGGUGAUGGAUUGGGAGUGCAAGUUCAGGAGGUGGUGGGUUGAAAAUGUUUGAGAAACACUGUCCUAGUGAAUUUUUGAAAAGGAGACAGAGAGAGUUUCCUACACUGGGCCUCCCUCCUCGGGCCUCCUCUCCCGCUUAGAAUAAAUUAUGCAAAGCACAUGCCUGAUUUGCAUAAUGCGGCCGGGCCACUCCAAAGCGCAAUUAAUAAAUAAAAGGAUUUGUUUAUUUAAUCAUAACGUUUCCCCGCAUGCUUUCCCCUCCAGCCUGGACGUCUAAUGAGGUCAACUUCAACCAAAAUAAUUUCCCAACAACCUUACGCCAAAAACGCAUCAUAGUGGCUCGUUGAAAUCUGAUCCAUAAAAAUAACAAUUCCCGCUCGUCGUAGGAUGAAUUCAGCCUGAUUGUAAUGAUCCCAAACUAAAGUGUUUAAGGUCCAGAGGCCUCAUCUGCCUGAGGUCCAUUUGGCAUGCAAGUAACCAAACAAUUUAACCCCUGUGUUGCAAACAAUAGUCAGUGAUAUCCAAGGCAACACGAAGACCAAAUACAAUGAUACGAUAUCAAUAUACAUUCUUUAUAUAAUAGGAAAUAUAUGAAAUCACAUAAACAGAAAACUUACGAAUGUCUGAAAGUCACAAAAUAUGCACUCUUAAUGGAUUCUCUUGAAAACAUAAAACCAAAUAAACAUAAGUCUUAUAAGUCUCUGAAAGUCUUUGAAGACUAUGCAAGUCUCUGAAAGAAGCAAUGGAUCAGAUUAUUAUCUGGUGAAAACAGACUGUAAGGCUUUGUUUAUGGUGUCCAACACUGCCAAAGUAGUUUGCAAACAGACGUUGUGAACAGUGAUUCCGGAUAUACCCACUGUUUUGUGGAAUUCUUCAGCACAGCAGAAGGAUACAGAAUGCUUCAUAAACCCAUCUAUAUGGUGAAUGGAAAAGUAUAACAACAAUUGCUAUGGAGCAGUGGUCAUAAAGUUAGGUAGUCACUGCUGACUUUCAUAUUAUAUUAAGGGUUUUCAAUGCAAAGCCCGUUUCCCAACUGCUGUACGCUGCAAAUGUCUGGCAUAAUGGGGACCUGCCAAAGCUAGAAAUUUCUACAAAAUUCCAGGCAAAAAAUUUCUACAAAAUUCCAGGCAAAAUUUAAACAAAAUGUUUGUUUAACCCGGAGGGAGGCUGUAUGAAUUGUGCAUUGCUUUGUAAAGAUUUGUUGGGUCUCUGGACCGUAAUAAAAGCUUGAUUGAUUGAUAUAAAGAGUAUAUUGAUAUCGUAUCAUGACAUUUGGCAUGCAGAGCUGAGAUAUCCAUAUUUCACAGCUCCUGUUCUGAAUGACAGCUGUUAUGGCAAAGCAGAAGAAUAAACUCAAUAGGUACCUGCUUAUUUUACUGAAAUUUACAUCCGUCUGUCUUCUCAUCAACCUGCAAUCAGCAAUGUUUGCUUGGGAGAAGGCAAAGUAGGCAAAGCGACUCUCUUUCUCAGAACAAGGAAUUGGGCUGCGUCAAAGCGGUUGAUUGACACGAAAUCCUUCAAUGGGGGAAAGGGAGGGAGGGAGCUAAAUGCGGUUACUGCUGGCGUUACAAACCACAAGGUCAAGUUGAGCGUUUUUCCUGUCCAAAGCCCAACCAUCACUUGGGCUGUGUGUGCAUACCAUACAUUUAAAGCACCUUGUUGUUGUUUAGUCGUUUAGUCGUCUCCAACUCUUCGUGACCCCAUGGACCAGAGCAUGCCAGGCACUCCUGUCUUCCACUGCCUCCCGCAGUUUGGUCAAACUCAUGCUGGUAGCUUUGAGAACACUGUCCCACCAUCUCGUCCUCUGUCGUCCCCUUCUCCUUGUGCCCUCCAUCUUUCCCAACAUCAGGGGCUUUUCCAGGGAGUCUUCUCUUCUCAUGAGGUGGCCAAAGUAUUGGAGCCUCAGCUUCAGGAUCUGUCCUUCCAGUGGCUGUCCUUCCAGGGCUGAUUUCCUUAGGAAUGGAUUGGUUUGAUCUUCUUGCAGUCCAUGGGACUCUCAAGAGUCUCCUCCAGCACCAUAAUAAAUAAAUCAAUCUGGAAAUUGUAGUUUACCCUUGCGGAAGAUGCAGAGUGGCGGGGGUGCUGGCACUUGCCAAUGCUUUGCCACUCGGCUCGCGAGUCGUUGGUUUGGGAGUUGCGGGGGGCUGGGGGGCAGGCCAAAUGUCGCCCCCUUCAGGACCCAGGGCGGCCUGCCCCCUCCAUCCCCCUUCCUCUGCCACUGGGCAGAACCAGCACCCUUAACAAACUACAGCUCCCUGAAUUAUUUGCAAGGAUGUGUGUGCUUUAAAUGCAUGUUCGUGGGCAGCCUUCUUCUCUAAUGCGAUGGUGGGAGACACGGCAGUCUGGAGAUGGGGAGUGCUUAAUGCCAAGGCCCCUUUUCCACUCUAAGGGCUGCAUUACCUUCUCAGCGACCUUCGGAGGGCCACAUGACAGAGAGACCAGAGGCAAAAGGGAGCAGAGCAGCGGGUGUGAAUUACAGCUUUGUAGGAUAGGCUUGUUUCUACACCUAGGAACCUCGUACCUACGGGAUCGCCUCUCUUGGUAUGCCCCGCGGAGGACCUUAAGGUCCACAAAUUCCACUGGAGGAAUGGCAGAUGAAACUGAUGGACUAUAUGGAACUGGCGGAAAUGACUGGCAGAAUCCGUGACCAGGGAGAAGAGUUGGUGGAGGAAGAUUGGAAGAAAUUUAAAGACUAUCUGCAGAAAUAUUGCAAAAUUAAAGAAUGUUAGAGUGAUGUUGGAUUGAAAAUAAGUGGCUUCCAGCUGUACAUGAUUUAAAGCUAUAUAUAGAUCAAGAUUAAGGAUUAGGAUUAAAAAAGUUAAAGGAAAUAGAAAUUUGGUCUUUAAGAGGUAAAAUUUAAUGUUAUAUUAUAUCAAGAUUAAAGAUUGGGAUUAAAAAAGAGGGAAAGAAAUUGCUGGACAAACAAUUUGAACUGGAAUACAAAAGAGGGAGGUAUGAGGAGGUCCAGAAAAUAAGUAAAUUUAAAAAUGGAGAUGAAAAGGUGGUAUUGUUUUUAACUGUUUUCUUUUUUGUCUUUUGUUUUUUGUUUUUUUUUCUGGAUUAUGUAUUGUGUACUUUUGAAUUGUGUAUUUCUUUUUUUAUUUUAAAUUUUUUUAUCGAUGUGUUCUUUUUAUUGGAAACCUUAAUAAAUAUCAUUAAAAAAAAAAAAUAAGGUCCACAAAUGUUUAAUGUUUUAUUAUGUUUUUAUAUGUUGCUGCACAGAGUGGCUGGGGCAACCCAAUCAGAUGGGCGGGGUGCAAAUAACAACAACAAUUCAGUCCAACACCCCUAUGUUGCAGGAAUAUUUUGCCCAUAUGGGGCCAAACCCAUGACCCAGAGAUAGGGGACUUAUGUUUAUUUGGUUCUAUGUUUUCAAGAGAAUCCAUUAAGAGUGCACAUUUUGUGACUUUCAGAGAUUCAGAAGUUUUCUGUUUAUGUGAUUUCAUAUAUUUCCUAUUAUAUAAAGAGUGUAUAUUGAUAUUGUAUCAUUGUAUUUGGUCUUCAUGUUGCCUUGCAUAUUACUGACUACUGCUAGGGUGGUCAACUGUUUUUUGGGGGGGGGUUUCAGCCCCCUCAAAUAUUUAUGGGGCAGCAAAGGGACUUCUGUCCCUAUGAGUUGGCUUCUAUGGAGAGAGCAAGACUUGGAAACUGCCCAACAACAGACUGAGGAAGCACACAGACCACCUGUUGCAUAAGCUCCAAUAUUUCUGCGAUGAAAAUAGGGAUGCCCUAUUUAUUAUUAUUAUUAUUAUUAUUAUUAUUACCCACCCAUCUGACUGGGUUGCCCCAGCCACUGUGGGAGGCUUCCAAUAUAUAUAAAUACAUUUUUUAAAAAAUUAAACAUUAAAAACUUCCCUAUCCUGGGCUACCUUCAGAUGCCUUCUAAAGGUUGUAUAGUUCCUUAUCUCCUUGGCUCGGGGGUCGCCGACGAAAAUAGGGGCGUCCUACCAUACCCUCCAAUAUUUCUCCCAUGAAAAUAGGGAUAUCCUAAGGAAAAACCGUGUCAAAUCAGAAACCGGGAUGUCUUCUGUAAAUACAGGACUGUCCCUGGAAAAUAGGGACACUUGCAGGGUCUGCUGUUGACAGUUUUGUUGCCUCUGUACUGAGAUGAACUACAUUUCUAUCUAGAUGAUAGUCAUUUCCAAAUUUGCAUUCCAAAUUUGUAUCUACGCAUAAAAAGAAUCUGUGUCUUUUUUAAAACCUCUCUUUUUGGGGGGGCGGUUUGGGGACUUGAUGUGUGGUCCAUAAAUGGCCACCUUGGUCCAUUUUGGCCUAGUCAGAGGCUACUGAACUGGUUAGGCUGCUGAAAUCAGAGCAAAGCUUUCCGCUUAUGCAGCAAAACCAGCCUGUUUGCUUUUUCAUCUUCCCCCUCUGCAUGACAGCUGGCCGGCACCUUCUGGGAGUUAAUAAUUAAAGUGCAAACUUUCCUCCUGAACCCGGAAAGAGUCAUUUAAUAGGAAGGGUGAGGAGCAAUGAAAGAAUUUUUUCUUGCACAAUGAAAGAAUGUUGUUUGUGCAACUCCCAGAAUAGAAAGAGAUUUUUUUAUUAUUAUUUGUAGUGUCAUGAGUGCUGCGGGGGCAAUAAACUGCCAUCGAGCAUUUAUUGGACUGGCAAUUUGGGUUAAAAGGGUGAUGACAGUGGAAUUUCCCCUUGCUUUUGCCUUGGUUACUUGAACGCAUCCGGACUUCAUCUAAAGUGGAUUGUGAACUCUGUUAAUCCCCCCUUCCCCAUAAAUCUCUGUAUUUCCCCUAAAUCCAGAGAUUCCUUAUGCUUUGCCAAUCCUAAUAAUAAUAAUAAUAAUAAUAAUAAUAAUAAUUUAUACCCCGCCCAUCUGGCUGGGCUCCCCCAGCCACUCUGGGCGGCUUCCAACAAAAUAUUAAAAUACAGUAAUGCAUCAAACAUUAAAAGCUUCCCUAAACAGUAUGAGAGCUACACUGAUUGCACUGGGAAUCUCCACAUCCCUGCAACAUUUCACAAUGCAAUUUGCUUUUAAAAAUCCUGUUAGCGUUUUACUUCGAAUUUCCUUCUAACAAAGACACAUUUUGGCAAAACCAUUUCGCCUAACGCAAUGCAUCUUUGUAUGUCGUUUUCCCUAACAUAUGUUUUUGAUGGAUGCGGUUCCCUUAUGCAUACAUUUUUGUUCACAUUGUACGGCUGGAGAAUUGCAGAAGAAGUUCCAGAGGUGUACGAGUUUUGAAAGAGAGCUGCGCUUCCAUUCGCGUUCUGGUUCAAGGAGUAUGAAUGCAAAGAGAAUCAAAUUUCUUCCCCAUCCCUUUUUUUUUUUUUAAAUAAUAUUUAUUAAAAUUUCAAAAAAAGAAAAAUCACAUUAAUGAGAAAAUUAACAGUAAAAAGGAAAAAUACAAAGAAGAAAAAACAGUUAAAAACAAUUCCAUCUUUUCAUCACUUCUUUUACGUUUACUUGUUUCCCGGACCUCCUCAUACCUCCCUCUUUUGUAUUCCAAUUCAAUUUGUUAAUCCAGCAAUUCCUUUCCCUCCUUUUUAAUCCUAAUCUUUAAUCUUGAUAUAUUAUAACAUUAAAUUUUUACAUAUUAAAAACCAAUUUUUCCAUAUUCUUUUAUACCAGUACAGCUAGAAACCACUUAACUUCAAUCCAACAUCAUUCUAACAUUCAUUAAUUUUGCAAUAUUUCUGUAAAUAGUCUUUAAAUUUCUUCCAAUCUUCUUCCACUGACUCUUCUCCCUAGUCUCGGAUUCUGCCAGUCAUUUCCGCUAACUCCAUGUAGUCCAUCAAUUUCAUCUGCCAUUCCUCCAGUGUGGGUAAGUCUUGUGUCUUCCAAUGCUUUGCAAUAAGUAUUCUUGCUGCUGUUGUAGCAUACAUAAAGAAAGUUCUAUCCUUUUUUAACACCGAUUGGCCGACUAUGCCCAGGAGAAAGGCCUCUGGUUUCUUCACCCAUCCCAAAGCCUUUGAUUUCUGCUUAUUGCAUUUGCUUCAACCACAUCUGGGUUCCUGUUCCUCUCGCUUUGACGCUCUUGGAUGCUAAAUCGGCACAAACCUCUUUUUAUGUUGCUGGGUCUACAACUUCAUUCAUUCAUUUGGCGAAUUUGCCUCCCAAAAAAGCUCCACAACUUUUCUGUCCGGAUUUCCACAGCUUAAAUUAUGGCAACCAGUGCCGGAUUUACGUCUAAGCUAAACAAGCUAUAGCUUAGGGCCCCACUCUCUUGGGGGGCACCCCCAAAAAUUAAAGGGGGAAAAACCUGGAUGUACAUUUCCAAAAUAUAAGAUAAAAAACAAAUAAAAUAAAACCUAAAUGCAGUAACAGUGUUUUGUGUUGUGUAGGCUCCUAUGAUGUAAGUCAUGGGCCCCGCCUGCUAGCCUGCUCCCUAAAAUAUCACUGGUUUGCUCAUUUCUAUAUAUAGGGUGCCUACAUUCUGCAUCGACUGGUUGCACAGCAAUAUGUAGCAAUUAGCUGCAGACUGCAGUGUAGCACAGUUGAAUGUAGGUCAAGCUGUUGUACCUGUUGUCGCUCCACACAAAGAAAAUGGUAGAGUUACGCAGCUGUGAAUUCAUUCAUUCAUUCAUUCAUUCAUUUUCUUAGCUAUCUUCCCCGGGCAGGUUCCAGCAACAGCAUAUCCAAUGAUUUGUUGUUGUUUAGUCGUUUAGUCGUGUCCGACUCUUCGUGACCCCAUGGACCAGAGCAUGCCUGGCACUCCUGUCUUCCACUGCCUCCCGCAGUUUGGUCAAACUCAUGCUGGUAGCUUCAAGAACACUGUCCCACCAUCUCGUCCUCUGUCGUCCCCUUCUCCUUGUGCCCUCCAUCUUUCCCAACAUCAGGGUCUUUUCCAGGGAGUCUUCUCUUCUCAUGAGGUGGCCAAAGUCUUGGAGCCUCAGCUUCAGGAUCUGGUUGUACCUGUUAUCUAAUAUUAAAGAGUGCUUGUAGACUGAUGAUCAGGCAGCAGAGACUAAGGGUAUGAGUCUUAUGCCUACUGACUGAUUUCAUGUAACAAUUACUUUGAUAAAAUAUGUUAUGUACUGAAGUUCUCACCCUGGGCCAGCAGGGGGAUACUGUAGAUAGUUUUCACUCAGGUCCUCAUAUGCAAAUAAGGGAUUGAAAGUGACGUUCAGUGAUUGGAUAGUUACAGAAAGUUGUUACUGUUGUGUUGUACUGGAGCUCUAUAUAACCAGGCUGGCUGAACCUUUCAGUUCAGUUCUGUUCUGGCCUGUGAAUAAGCAAGAGCUGUUUGAAGAAUCGCUGUGUCGUCUGAUAUGUUCACCCACAACUUAACAAAAUACAUAUUUUGUUAUGUGAAAAUGGCUUUAGAUACCUAUUAGGUCCAUAAAUUACCAUAUGGCAUAUAUUCAACACAAAAAAGAGCGACAAUUUGUGGUUGACUAAGGACAGCUGGACAUAUAAAGGGCCCCAUUACCUCCAGUAGAUUAGGGCCUCAUCAAACCUAAUAUACGACCCUGAUGGCAACCCUAGUAUGUGUAUUUUAAUGAGCUAAAUAGAGUGAAAGAUUACACGCCACAGGGACAUGGACAGUAAGUACAUGAACCUAACAGUGCUAUGGUUAUCUUUUGGCGGCUAUUUUGUUCAUGUUGCUAAUAUUUUAUCGCAGGAUAUAAGCGCUGCAUUUGGUAAUCAUCUAUUUAGACAUUUCCUUUAAUUGUGCUGUUUAGCUGAUUUGUUCAGUUGCUUUGUGAAAAGUGUUCUAUAGAUUGCUAUUGUUUCAAGGAUGGUUUGUUGAUUGUUCCGUAUGAUUUAUGCUGUGUUUGUGACGUUCUGUUAGGCCCUAUCAGGCUCUUGGUAUUUAUUGUUUGUAAGCCGCUUCAGGAUUCAUCCGAAUGAAAAGUGGUGUAGAAAUAUUGUCAAGCAAUCAUCUUUUACGGCUUUUUUGUAUUUGAUUUUUAUUUGUGGUAUUUUUUAGGAUGUUGUGUAGCUUUUAGACUUUCUUUGAAAUAUGGCUGAUUAAAUAAUCAACAAUAAACUGUGGUGUGGGUUCACUGUUUGGCUUGUAAUUAUGUAUCUUUGCAUUUUUAUAUUGUACAGCGGUACCUCAGGUUAAGAACUUAAUUCGUUCCAGAGGUCCGUUCUUAACCUGAAACUGUUCUUAACCUGAAGCACCACUUUAGCUAAUGGGGCCUCCUGCUACCGCUGCGCCGCCAUUGUGCAAUUUCUGUUCUUAACCCGAAAUACUAUUUCUGGGUUAGCGGAGUCUGUAACCUGAAGCGUCUGUAACCUGAAGCGUUUGUAACCCGAGGUACCACUGUAUACAAUCCUGUGCUCCUUAUUUUAAUCAUCAUCAUCAUCUUCCUUGGUGAUCGCUCGUAGCCGAGUAAGAUUGUCUUCCAUGAACACAGUCUUAACAGUGAGUCCGUAAGUGACUGUGGAGGUCGAUUCUGGAUCCACACAUCCUUCCACAGUGGGGACAUAAGUUUCCAGGCGGGAGUUUAUCACAGUGAGGGUUUGCCAAGCGUGCCUUCCUCUUAGCAUGCUUCUCCCUUGUUUCCCGAGUUCGAGGGUCUUCAAAGCCCAUUACACCUUUGCUAAAGGCUGUUCUCCAACUGGAGCGCUCGCAGGCCAGCGUUUCCCAGUUGUUGGUGUUUAUACUCCAUUUUUAAAGAUUUGCCUUGAGAGAGUCUUUAAGCCACUUUUCUUGACCACCAGCAUUACUCUUCCAUUUUUAAGUUUGGAAUAAGAAUAGGAGUCCAUCCAUGACUGGCGCACCCUCAACCACCAAUGCCGCUCCUUUCUAACCUUCCCUCUUUUGGUUCCCCCCAGGGCUAUGGCGAAUGCGUCCCUGCUGCUCCUGCUGCGCUCCUUGAACGCGAGCGCCAACGCCUCCGACGCCGACUGCGAGGAGGAAGACCCCUACAGGUGCACCUUCAACGAGGAGUUCAAGUACAUCCUCCUGCCCGUCUCCUACAGCCUCGUCUUCGUGGUGGGCCUGUGCCUCAACCUGCUGGCCCUUUACAUCUUCCUCUUCCGAAUCAAGACCUGGAAUGCCUCCACCACCUACAUGUUCAACCUGGCUGUGUCGGACACCUUGUACGUGAUCUCGCUGCCGCUCCUGGUCUACUACUACGCCAAGAGGAACCACUGGCCCUUCAGCGUGGGCUUGUGCAAGAUCGUCCGCUUCCUCUUCUACACCAACCUCUACUGCAGCAUCCUCUUCUUGCUCUGCAUCAGCAUCCAUCGUUUCAUGGGCAUCUGCCUCCCGUUGAAGUCCCUGGAGUGGGGACAAGUCCGCUAUGCACGCUGGGUCUCGGCCACCGUCUGGGCGGUCGUCAUCGCCUGCCAGUCGCCGGUGCUCUACUUCGUCACAACCAGCCCCCGGUGCGACAAGAUCACCUGCCACGACACGUCGGCGAAGGACCUCUUCGGCGACUUCAUCAUCUACAGCACCGUGAUGCUGGUCCUUCUCUUCUGCAUCCCCUUCCUGGUCAUCAUCGUCUGCUACUCCCUGAUGGCUCGCCGGUUGCUCCAGCCCACCCGCGGCACCACCCGGAUGUCCAGCUCCAAGAAGAAGUCGGUCAAGAUGAUCGCCAUCGUCCUGGCGGUCUUCAUCAUCUGCUUCUUGCCCUUCCACAUCACUCGGACCUUGUACUAUUACUUCCGCGACUGGGACCUCAGCUGCGCCACUCUCGACGCCAUCAACUUGGCAUACAAACUCACCCGGCCCCUGGCUAGCACCAACAGCUGCCUGGACCCUAUCUUGUACUUUUUAGCAGGGCAGAAGUUUGUGAAAUUUGCUUGCCCCAAAACGCCGGGGCCGGGCGAGAACCAGGCGACCUCGAACACCACCGUCAAUUGCCGCUUGCGGGCCAGAGACCAGUUAGCGAUGAAAGCGAAAAGCAUCGUGUCGUAGGCGCUUGACAUUUCCGCCUCCACCCAUCUGCAAAGUAUUACUUACCUGUGUGUGUCGGUUGGGGAAAGUUCCAUGUUGCAGGGAGAAGGGUUUGGUUCUCGACCUGUGAGACGCCGGAAGUGUAUUUUCAACCUGUAUCUGCAAGAAAUGGUUCGAAAAGUGAUGGACACGUCACUUUUUCCUUCCCCCGACACUUGUUGUUGUUUUGGAAGCUAGGUACUAUAUUAAGCGUGUUGUCUAAUCUGACAAUGGCACAAUAGACACUGAGUUGUGUGAAUAGGGAAUCCUACACAAGGUGUGUAGUGAGAGGCAAUGUAGCGUAAUGGACGAAGGAUUGGGUUUAGACCCACUGAAUACAUGCAGUGUAUCACUUGGAAAAAUUCUUUCUAGACUGCACCACUUCAGUUUGCAUUGGCUGGGGGUGUGUGUGUCACAAGUCUGAAUGCUAAAACAUUACUCUUCCACAACCAACGGAACCUACAGAGCUGCUGUAUACAGAGUCAGACCACUGGUCUAUCUAACCCAGUAUCAACAAGUUUUACUGGGGCUGGAUCUACAUUGAUCAGCUAAACCUUUUUUAAAAAAAUAAUGUUCUAUAAUGCUGAAUAGCAGUUUCCCAUUGCUGAUAGCUCUCUGCUCUGCAGCGCCCUCUGGGGGUCAAAUUUUAAUAACGUAUUUUAACGUUAUAAACGACGUGUGUAGGUCCAUCCUGGGAUUUCAGGUAGAGAGCUUUCCCCAAGCCUACUUGGAGAUGCCAAGGGACCUUUUGAAUGGGCUCUAUGGUCCUAGAAUGAACCUCAGGCAUCUAGUUUUCAAUACAUGGGAAAUCUUUUAUUUAGGUGAACAUUCAGCAUUGCACCCGCUCACCCAAACAUCUGCCGCUCGAAGCCAUACAGUCCAGAAAUGGUUUCAUCAUUUCGUCUACCGUUCGGUCAGACCACAGCUGCCCCCUUCUUUGUUUCCUAGAAAGGGCUCACCGGGUGAGGCAGAGCUGCUAUACUAACUUCCCAGCAGAUGGCUAUAUUAUUGUUAUUAAUAUUAUAGAUGCAAGAGUAACCUCAGACCAGCUUCCUGUGAGCCCCACUUACUCCAGGCCAGUCCCAGCCAGCGACAACCCUCAUACAGGCAACCAUUUAGUUAGACCCCACUCUCAGUAUCCUUGAGCAAGCUUUGGCCUCUCAUCCUGACGUACCUCGCAGGGUUGUCGUGAGGAUAAAAUGAGCCCCGCACUUUCUGCCCUGGCUGCUUGUGUUUUCUCUCAUUUAAACCCAAUGUCUAGAUGCUGCCUGCCUUUCUGGGCAAAACCUUCCCAUGCUCACCCAUGCUUUCCUCCCAUAACCUCCAGGCUUGACUACUGUGAUGCACUUUACGUGGGGCUGCCCUUGAAGGUAAUUUGGGAACCGCCGCUGGCGCAGGAUGCUGCUGGCUGUCUCUUUGCAGAUUGGUCCGCCUCCCAAGCCCGAGCAAAGGUGCUGGUUUUUAACCUACAAAGCCCUUUGUGGGCCCGAAGGAACACCCCUCCCCGAAUCAGCGGCAGGCGAGUGUGCAGCCCUGGUUCCUGUGCCUUCAUACUGCAGUGGCUCCAAGAAAUUGGACCUGACUCUUUGACACGAGAAAGAGUCCACCCCUGGCUGUCUUCUGCAUAACACACUCCCUCUGCGUCCGCCUAAAACUCCACAAAGUCAGCAAGACCCAUUUCAUCAGGCAUUUAAUUCUAUGAUUCUAAUUGAAUCAUUAGUUUCAGUCUGUUUUGCUGUCGUUGAUGUCUUUUCGUCUCGUGGUUUUAUGAUCCUACUGUGUUGUUGUUGGUUUUUUCAAUAUUGUAUGCUGCUUAGAAAGUGGCCUAUAGUGAGGUUAAAUAAAUUUAUUAUUAUUAGCAUUAACAAAUAUAGUGGGGGAAGGUUUUACAGGCGCGGCAGGGAGAGCCCCCCCCAUGUAAGACGGAUAGCUGGCCAUUUUGCACAACUGAGUUUUAGACUAAGCCGGGCGGAGGAGGUUCUGGGUUGCCAUCUUAUGUCUACUGGCCCUGCUCCUGUGCCCUUCGCACCUUCAUGACUGGCAGGGAUUUAGCAUGAGGAGACUCUUCUCCUGGCAUGCAGGUGGAGAAAAAUGCCGCUUUCUAAAUUCCUGUGGGUUGUGCAACUGCUUAAAAGGCAUAGAAGAAACAAAGUUGGCAAGAGCAGUAGGGUGGCAGGAGGGAUGGAAAUGUGCCCUAAAGCCCUGGACAAUUCAGUUGACUGAAAAUGUGACUGACGCUUUUUUUUUUUUGCAAAAAAAGAGAAAGAAUAAAAUCUCAGCUAUUUGGGAAACCCAAACGAAGGUGUUGUGGUGGCAUCCAAGGGUGAAAUCCAGGACACAUUCACCUGCAUGGAGAAGAGUUGGUGUCCCAGUGGGUACCUUAUAACUAGGAGGGAUGCGGGUGGCGCUGUGGUCUAAACCACUGAGCCUCUUGGGUUUGCCGAUCGGAAAAUCAGUGGUUCGAAUCAACGCGAUGCGGUGAGCUCCCAUUGUUCUGCCCCAGCUCCUGCCAACCUAGCAGUUCGAAAGCACGUCAAAGUGCAAGUAGAUAAAUAGGUAUCGCUGCACUGGGAAGGUAAACAGUGUUUCUGUGCACUCUGGUUUCUAUCACAGAGUCCCGUUGUGCCAGAAGCGGUUUAGUCCUGCUGGCCACAUGACCCGGAAAGCUGUCUGUGGACAAACGCCGGCUCCCUCAGCCUGAAAG